AUGGCUGUCUUGGAAUGGAAGCAGGCAACUUGCAUCAACUUCAUGGAAGUGUCUAAAGGGUACAGUGGCCCGCACCUGAAGAUACAGAGACAUUCUGAUGACUGCAGGUCCUUCAUUGGCAUGGUAUCCACAACUGGUCAAGACUUUUAUAUUUCUAAGGACUGCGAGAGUCAGCAUGGCGAGUUGCUGCACUUGCUUGGUUACGCAGUCGGAUUUUGGCCAGAGGAGACUCGCUCAGAUCGUAAUUAUUAUGUCCAGAUUAAUGAUGACAACGUUCUGACACCUGUGGUGGACAACUUCCCCAUUAUUUCUGAUAAUAACUACAGCGUCCCGUUCGACUACUGUUCUAUUAUGUUUCACCAUGAACGGUCAAUAUGUUUAAUGCCAUAUUAA